GGGUGUGCGGGGCUUUUUUCAUCUAUUUGUCGAGUUCAAGUUCUUGCAAAACGUGAAAAUUUUAAAGUCGUGUAUUUUGUUUAAACGACAACUGCUACAGAAUUAUCUGUAAAUAAUUAUUUCCAUGUACUGUUCUUUACAAAUAAGUAUUUACCGUAUCUAAAGCUAAGACGACUUUCACCGGAUAGGUACAUCGAUAAUUUGGGAAAGCAGGGGUGCUUGUAAAUUAAAAAAAAAAUUGCCAUGUAUCCGUGGUCAGUUACUAAUAAAAUAUCACUGUGAGGUACAAUCAGGGACAUUGUGGUUCGUUUAAGUGACAAAGCAAACGCGUCGACUCUCAUUCGAGACUAUUAUCCCAUUCGUGAUUACGUUGGGUCGGGAACUGGCCACUCGGCUUAGUCGUCGCGGGGACUCCAAAGCGGUAAAUACGGAGGCGCAGAUCCUGCUUCGCAUCAUUUAUCGUCAGGAUUGCGAUUUAAAAAUGGUGCAGCAAGAUUUGACUUAGGAACUGUGACCAGUGCUGCACAUGUGACAGUAAUGGCUUGGGGUGGCUCACGUGUGUGAGCUCUGAUCGUGCAACAGACCUCUGGAAGUCAAGUGCGGUGUUGUGUAGUGUCUAGUCAGAGUGAAUUUGUGUUUGUGAAGAUAGAGUCGGAAUGCCCUCCGUGAUGUUGUCGGCAGUGCUUGAAGAGGAGCCUGAUCUCUAUGAGGCGUUCCCACCACAUGUUGACCCAAGCGGAAUUACAAUACUCACUGACAGUCCACCAGGCAAGAAAGCACCCCUUAAAAACUUCGAAGAGAUCCAACCGCUGAUUCAGCAAGGUCGCAAGCGCGAGCUCAAGCUGAUCAUCAGAGAAAAUUCCUGGCCGAUCAACAGCCCGGUCCGAGCAUCGCUUUGGCCCGCUCUCUGCAGGCAACAUCAACAUGGCAAGUCUAUGCUCGACGGCUUCUACUGGGACAUGGUCACGCAGGUAUUCGGCACAGUGGAGCUGCCGGACAAGCCGAUUAUGUUGCCGCCCUUCGUGGAGGCGACCCACUGCCUCGGGUACCAUCUAACCCGCAAGGGUAGGGCCGUAGCCGACAGAGUUGUGUCCGUGCUCGGAUACGCCUGUCCAGAUAUCACGUACAGCCCAAGUCUUUAUCCCAUCACCGCCGCGUUACUUCACUUCAUGCCUGAAGAGGAAUGCUACCACUGCAUGGCGAGUCUGGUAGCGUCGAAGGAGAAAAUGUUCAUAACACAAACGAAGCUACUGAACGAGGUAACCUGGAAGACUGUCAUGCAGAUCGCCAAGAAACAUGCCAAGUCGGCGGCGCAACACCUGUCGCGGCUCUCCGGCGCCAUUGGCCCCGAGAGGAUCUACGCGGACUGGCAAUGGUGGAUCCUGGCCGCCCUUCCGUUCCCUCACCUUGUACGAGUAUUGGAUUGCUUCUUUCACGAGGGCAUCAAGGUAUUCUACAGGGUAGCCCUGGCGAUCCUUAUCUUGUUCCACAAGCACACAACGAACCAGAACUCUGAGUGGUACGCCGAAGCCACCAAGAACGGUGUGGACCACGCCAUCGACAAAUUCUGCAGGAACAUGCCCGUUUCGCCCACCAAGCUGCUAAGGACUGCGUUUACCAUACGCGCCUUGAGUUCGCAAUACAUAUCGCGGGUGUUCAUAAAAACGGAGAUGACACUGAAGUCGAAGCAAGUGAUCACCGGCUCGAGGCUGGUCAGGUCUCGGUCCUCGGACAACUUGCCAACGAGCCAGUCGCAGGUCAACAUACAGAUGAUGUCACACACGCUGACCAUACGAGAGAGCCCGCGCUCCUCCCACAUGGCGAUGUGGUUUCCAUUCCCUAACGCGGUGUUCCAGGAUCGACACCAGGCAUCAGACCUCAGGCAGAAGUUGUUCACAUUAUGGUCGUGGUUGCCGGUUCGCAUAACGAUGUACCAACCAGUGUUGCUAUACACGACCGAGGAGCACGGAUGCUCAUUGACGACAUUCUACGUGCGAGUGGAACACCAUGAGCCGACCUUACUCAUGAUCAAGACCUGUAACAACGAGGUAUUCGGAGCGUAUUGUUCGACGCGCUGGUUCGAACGCAACCAGAAAGACGAACGUGGUAACAGACAAGCGUACUUCGGGACAGGAGAGACAUUCCUCUUCAGCCUCCAGCCCACCCGCGCCAAGUACCCCUGGGUCGGCUGCCUCGAGGACAACCAAGAAGACAAGACGCCCCACGCCAACUCGCUCUUCAUGGCCGCCGAUAAUACAAUGAUCACGAUCGGCGGAGGGGACGGCCAAGCGAUAUGGAUGGACGAGAACAUAAGGUACGGCAAGACGGACCGCUGCUCUACGUUCAACAACCCGCCGCUGUGCCCCAGCGGAGACUUCGAGAUACGAGUGCUCGAGGUGUACGGGUUCGCCGGAGCGUAGGCGCGCGGCGUGCGUCCCGCCCUUAAUGAACUUGAAUCGGAGUGUAAUAAUCUCGGUGCGCGUGCAGUGGUGUGUGUGUGGUCAGCGCGGCGGGGUAUCAUACAUCUGAAAAAAUCUAAACGAUCUCGCUGUUUCAUUACGAAAUAUUUAAUGCAAUUAAUUUUAUAGUUGUCAAAUAAUAAUAUUAUACGAAUAUUUGCAUGAUCCAAUUCGACAGUUCGCCUCAGGAGCGACUAGUCCGGAAGCCGCCUCGCCCGGUCCCCGCCGCGGCCACAGACUGUGUAGAUGUAUUCCUGUAUUUAUUGCGUACGAAUCGUCGACGUGUGCCCCCUGUAGUUAUCCUAAUGUAACACGACUGUCCGUCGAAGACAACGAAAACGGGGAAACUAGGUUGUUUAACAAUACAUAAACAAAUUUAUAUAUACAUAUAUAUUUACUCGUGUUUAAAUUGUCUGCGUGCAAGUACAAUUUGUAUCGUGUCUACUCUGGUUAGUUUCGUACCCGCUUUAUGUCGGGCCCGGCCGCGCGGAGGAACGCGACGUUCAGCUGACGACUUCGUAGUCAACAUUCCAGUGAGCAGGCUUCUUCUAUGUACAAUCACACUCAGUCUAAAUAAUCCUAGUUGUUGUAUUUUCGUUAACUUUUCGAGAAAUAAAAAAAAAAUACAAUUGGCUUAAACGCGUGUGUACCAUAAGUUCUUUAGUAGUAUUUAAAAAAAAAAUUGUAAUUGACACAAACGCAAUCCGGCUUGAAUAAGCAGCCUUAAUGAUUCUAACCUCAAUAUAUAUUUUAAUGGUCGCCACGUAACUUAAUUGUUCGUGGAAUUCGGCGCGAAUAUCAGUAUUUUUUUAGAGCGAGACGCCUCCGUCCCGUUUCUAAUUUAUUAAGAUUUAUUAAUUAUUAUACUCGAACAGUAAAAUAUGAAUGUCGUUGCUCACAAAAAUGUACCAAAGAAUUAUUUGAUUAGUAGAAUAUAUUCGUCUUCCUGUUGCAACAUUUCCGUUUGACAAUACAGACCACAGACAGUAUUAGUACUAGAACAAUUAAAAAAAUAUAUGUUUAUCUAUUAAAAGGCGGCGCUAGUGCGUUCUGUGGUCUGAAUCGUGAUGCCAUUUGACUUCAAAACGUUCAGAAGAAUAAAACGGGAACAACAUUGACGAACUUAAAACGUUGUCGAUUGUAUUAAGAACAUUAUUAAUGCAUUACCAUACGAUGAUGAAAUUAUAAACUAAACUGUUCUAUGAAGGUUUUUUUUUUACAUAUAUAGUAUUAUGGAUUUUCCUAUUUCAAUGGGUCAUGUGCCAAAAUUGGACCAUUCGUUGAAUCAUGGAUCGGUGUUUAAAAAGUAUUGGAAAGUUUUUUUUUAAUUUUUUCUGCAUUGACGAAACGUAGGUGGAUUAAAAUUAGGUUUCUCUGUAAGUUUAAAUUAAAAUAGUGUAAAAUUAAGAGUAGUUUCUUUUUAUUUUUGUCACAACGUCUGAAACAUAUCCGUGUUGGUACAAAAUAGUUGCGCGUUCGUAUCGCCCGCGGCUUUUCCUGUCUUUUUGUGUAAAUAUUAUCCUUCCGGCGCUCUCCUGUGCUGUGCCUGAGUUGAGCUAUCAACUGUAGCGUUUGGAAGCCGUAUGUAGGUGACUACGUACGACAAUAAUCAUAAUCCUAAGACUUGUUUUUAAAUUCAGAUUAUUUAUGUAAUUUAUUGAAUAGGUAACAAGUUUUUUUUUUAAAUGUAUAAUGUACCUUUACAAAGCGCCUCUGUGCGGACUAUUUUAUUAUAACGCUGUUCGAUUUGAUUCUAUAAUUUGGCUUUUAAUGAAAUAUGACUUGGCCCACGCUGUAUGUUGGUUGAAUGUGGUCUGUCGCGGUAGCUUGUGGCUCGGAGUCCGCACACGGGCGCCUCGGCCUGUUGCUGUUAGCCAAUUUAACGUUAAUCAGUGUAAAGUCUAGUCUUUAUCCUGUUUUUUUUAUUAUUAUUAUCUCUAACGAUGUAAUAUUAUCUAAAUAUUUACGAAUUGAUAUUUAAAAAGCGAAAUAUUUAAAUUUCGCGCGUUUUAUGUCCCGAUGUAGGGACGCGUAGGCUCGUGGUUAGAGUUAUUUGUAAAUUUAAUGUAUAACGUUAUAAAAAGUUAUUAAUCUCCAUUGUCCGUUUUCAGUAUUCGUGGAGUUGUUUCGUUUGCGUGGUCGUACGUUUUUUUUGAUCCACGUAAAUUGACGUGACUGUGUGUUUGUAGAGGCGCAUUCGUUUCGCGCCGUCCCGCUGCGGAGAGUGUGAGAUGCGCUUUUGUUACAUUGUACUGUUACAUUCGAAUAGAUGUAGACUGUUUCGUCGGUCGCGGCGCUAAAAUUCGUUUAUGGUAAUGUAAAUGUUGCUUUAUAAUGUCUACAAAAUAUAUAAUCCCAUACGAUGAA